GCCACAGAUGCAAGGAUAAAAAUAAGGUGAACUCAUACAAGGAGUCGAUUUCCUGUAUAGAAUCUCGUCUGUAUCAAGAACUUGUGACCAGACAUCAUAUUGAUCUACAGAUUCAGUGCAUGUUGGUGAGACUUAACAGAAAACAUUUGCGUGCACUGCUCGCAGACGGCAUCCUUUGCGUUUGAAAAAAGAGUUGAGUGAAUCAAGGUCAAGGUGCGUGGGAUUUCCCCUGCAGCCAAAGCAUAAUGUGGCAGGUCCUCAUUGUGUAUCAGUUUGUCCUGAUUCUCCAGUGUGAGGCUCAGAAUCCCUGCCUCACCCAUCCGACAUACAGAGAGCCAGCCAACUCUGAUAUCACAGUUGUGUGUGGCACAAACAGGAUGGAUUUGCAGAUUUUGCUGUGCCCAAUUUACUAUAAUGGAUAUAAUGAGACCACAAUGGCUCUUAAUGGUCAAUUUACCAAGCCUGAAUGCAGAGGAACGGCUGACUGGACCGCCAACCCACCUGUACUGAAAUUCCAGUUCUUCAUCACUGAAACAUCCAUAUCUGCAUGCUCCAACAAGCUGGCGAUAACUCAGGAGGUUGGUUCUGGACUGUUCUCCGACUUCUCUAGUAUACAGUCUGUGAACAUCUCUGGGCUGGUCAACUCUCAGGAACCAAAUGCUGGAACCAUCACUUACCGGCAGGAUAUGAUCUUUAUCUUUUCCUGUAGAUACCCAUUGCAGUACUUGGUCAACAACACAGAGAUGAGUGUUUCUGGCGUGAGUCUGGCAAUUAAGGACAACAAUGGAAGUUUCAUUAGCACUCUUAGCAUGAUGCUGUUUGAGGAUUUCACAUAUACAACCCGUCUCUUUGUGCCCCCGACGGGUCUAAUGCUGAAAACCAGGGUUUUUGUGGAGGUCCGAGCAACUAAUCUCACACAAAAAUUUAAUGUUCUCUUGGAUCGUUGCCAUGCAACCACUAGUCCUUACCCAACCAACAGCACAUCCUUUGACUUCUUUGUCGGAUGUAGCAACGAUCCACAAACCGUAAUGGGUGUGAACGGAGAACAACAGGUUGCACGGUUCUCAUUCGAGACAUUUCGUUUUGUCGAGCACAAGAACCGGUCGUUGUCGACCUUUUAUGUGCACUGUGCCACCAGACUCUGCGAGACCACUUUCUGUAGAUCAUUACGCCAGAAUUGCACGAGUCCUGUAAGGAAGAGGAGAGAUGUGGAGUCGGCUCAAGGAACCUCGGUUAGUGAUGUUGCCACGGUGAGCUCUGGACCAAUCAUCACGAAAGUGGGCAAUGAACCAAACACACCUAUUGUUGCAGCGUACGAGGAUCAGAAGCAGAAUCAGGCAGUGGUCGUGGUCUCCGUGGCUGCCGGCGUGUUCGGGCUCCUGUGUCUCGUCAUGCUGGCUGUGCUUCUCUACAAGAUCCAUUCAGACAGGUUCAAAAUGGACAAACCAAUGCUCUUUCACUGACGUUUUUUUGUUUAAAAACAAGUAUUCCAUUUAGUCUAAACUAAGAUGUAUAGUAAGCAGUCUGACAUGAAGAAUGCUCUCACGAGAGAAAGGAUGCUGAAAGCCUGUACCCUACACCUCAUCUUGGCAGAAUUCUGAAAAUUAUAUAUCUAGGCUUCUGUACUCUGGUCGAGGUCAGGGUUUAGAGAAGACUGAGUAAUUUUUUGUUAGUCACAUCUUAUCUUAUAACAAACCACUUGUAGCAAAUAUGUAUUUUACAGUUCGGUUUAGAUUCUUUGUACUUUUUCAUGUAAUCGUAUUAUAUUAACUGUAUUUAAACUAUUAUAUUAACAGAAAUAAUGGGGUAUCGAAGUAAUUCUUUUGUAUUGUUUUUGCUGUGGUAAUAGAAUAAAGCAGCACUUACAGGCCAUGAUAGACACUUGUACAUUUUUGAAAUUAUGUUUAUUUAAUUUACUGAUAUGAUUUUUGCUAAACUUAAAAAUAGCCCCGUUUGUGGCAUUUUAU